UGGCCAUAAUGUAGUUCCAAACAACGUCGCAUAACCUUACGAUUUAUCUCUUACCAUAACAUGAGUUUUUGACACCGAAUGUAUUAUACGUAGUAGCCUUAAAUUUAGCGUCCGAUAAGACUUUUAAACCCAAUAAGGUUAGACAUUGAGGUGCUUUCCAUGAUCCCAUAGACCUCGCGAGACAUAUUUGAUGCUCGAAACCAUCUCAUUCAUGCAAAACAAUCCACCUUUUUGCACUACUGAGAGCCUGAGAGGAUCUAAGAGAGUUAAAAUAACCUGUAUAUCAAGUGUGCUUCUCCGAACUAGGUAGUAACGGUGGCUCUCGGUGGUGCCGUCGUCCGCAGAACUACUCAGGCACCUCCGCCUCGCCAUCCACCUCCGUUGGCUUCUUUAUCGUCAAGAUUUGUUAAAAGAGAGUAAAGUGAUUCUCUAAUCUCCGGCGAAUUUCAAUCUUUAGACUUUUGCAAUGGCUGAGAAACGCAUUGUCAAUUCAAAAUACAUGUACAUACAUGAGGCUGGAAAAUGGCCUUCACAAACAAUUGAUGUUCAUCAUGUAAUUAUCAGGAAAAACCGUCGAUGGAUUAUGCUUGCUUGCUUCUCAGCUGUUGUUUUACUGUUAAAUGCCUUGUAUCUUAUAAUAGCACAGGAUAUGCUUGUUUCUGUUCUUCUUUUGCACUUGAUUACUGGUGUCGUUGUGUUCAGAUUAUUGCGUAAAAAUAUUGUUGAGAAAGAGUCUGUUGUGAUCAUUCCAUCGUUUGGAGUCCAACUUGAAACCCAUUAUAGAAGGAGAGCUGUCCGUUGCUUUGUCCCAAUUGACAAAAUAUUGAAGCCUAUUCUGAAUGAAUGUGUGACUCCAGUGACUUGUUAUUGGAGUUUGGCAUUACUUUUACGUGAAGAAGAUGAAUUGAUGCUCGUCUUUAAGACAUUGCGACCCCCGCUUAAGAUGUUGCUGCCAAUUUGGAAGGCACUUUGUGCUACUACAGAUUCCAGUGACAGCUUAGAGACAAAAUCAGACUCCUAGGGCUGAAUUUUUUGUAAGGUUUGACAUGUGAAAUCAUAUAGGUCUGUGUGCCAAUGAAUUCUACAAUCUAAGGCUACUUAGGUUGUGGGGCUGCAGGGGAGGGUGCCAAGCUGGUUGGAGAACCCUUGGAGAACCAUCGAAAUGUUACCCUUUCAUAGAGCCAUAGGAGGUAGCAGAUAGGAGGACUGCUCCCCUCCCCAUUUGCCAUUUCCCUCUGCAAAUUUUGACUAAUAAAACUUUGGGAGUCGUUUCCAGUUUUACAAGAGAAUCUUAAGCUUUGGAAAGGAAAUCAAACCCAAGCGCUAGCUGCAUACGGAGAUGUCAAAUGACACCCAGAUCAAUUCUAGCAAAGUUGAUGUUAGCCUGUUGAGUUUUGUAUCGAAACUACAUCUUGAGGUGCUUAGCAAAUUAUAAAUGGGAUGAGACAGCUUAGUGAUAUAUUCUUUGAAUAAUCCAUCUAUUCUUUAUAUCGAGAACGAUACUCCCUGAUUAAUUGAGUGUUGAAAGUUGUAGUAUAGUGAUAUAUUCUCAAUCCAAAUGUUUAGAAUGACAGGAGGUUUUUUUUUUUUUUUUUUUUUUUUUUUUUUUUUUUUUUUUUUUUUACUAUUUUACUGUGGAAUGAUAAAUUUCUAGGAUUGAACAAAUGUUGCAUUCUUUGCAAGUUAAUUUUGUUUAAUAGAGCUUUUGGUCAUCUGUAAUUCGUUAAAACUAGCAAGAUUUUCAAUUUUUUUUUAAAUAAAGGGAAAUAGUUGGG